GAACACAUAGUAAGACAAGCACAGAGGAGCUCAGCAAGGAACAUAAUACAAGUGAUGCUAUGAGAAGAGGAACCGCUUCAAACCAGCAUUUUCCUGAAUUUCUCUCCAUCUCUCCUUCUUCUUCCUGCAUCUCACUCCUGCUCUCUAGCUGAGUGCCUCUGCAGCUACAUGAUCAGACUGAUGGAGUGAAUUUCCUGGGUGCACCAGGACAGGAUUCAAUUGUGAAUGCAUAGGAGUGAGUAAGGACUUUUUUGCGAGCUCCAGCAAAAGAGAGAGAGAGAGAGAGAGGCAAGGAAAGAGAGCCAUCAGAGACACACACUAACUCAGUGUGGUCCUGAGGAACAGAAAGCUGAAGAGGUACAAUGAGUCUAAACAGUCAAACUCUGGCCGUCAGUGGACAGGAUUUGACCAGAAAUGGCAGCAGCAGCAGCUGCAGCAGCAGCAGCAGAGCCCCCUGGGAAAAUGGGAGUAUGGGUUUGAAGCCCUCCACCCCCAAUAGGAAACCUAAACCACCCAAGCCAGAGAACGCCAUCACCAUCGCUGUGUCGUCUCGAGUCCUCUUCAACAUGGAGAAGGAACAGCAGAUCUAUGAACAGCAAGGCAUGGAGGAUUACAUCAAGUAUCAGGUGGAGCAUGAAACGGAACCUUUCAGCCCAGGACCUGCCUUCUCCUUUGUCAAGGCUCUGGAGGCUGUAAAUAUUCAACUGAGGGAGCUUUACCCCGACGAUGAGGAGCUGUUUGAUGUUGUGCUCAUGACCAACAAUCAUGCAUACGUUGGCCUGAGACUCAUCAAUACCAUCAAUCAUCACCAGUUGUUCAUCGAGCGCUUCUGUAUGACAGGGGGAAACAGCCCUGUGGGCUACUUGAAGGCCUACCACACCAACCUGUACCUGUCGUCUGACCCAGGCAAGGUUCGAGAAGCUCUGGGGGAAGGUAUAGCGGCAGCCACCAUGUUCACCCCGGAGAAGAUGACGGAAGUGUCGGAGACUCAGCUGCGUGUCGCCUUCGACGGUGAUGCCGUCCUCUUCUCUGAUGAGUCGGAGCGCAUUUACAAGGCCCACGGACUGGACAAGUUCUUUGAGCACGAGAAGGCCCACGAGAACAAGCCUCUGGACCAUGGGCCACUGAAGGGUUUCCUGGAGGCUUUAGGAAAACUGCAAAAGAAAUUUUAUGCCAAGGGCCAGCGCAUGGACUGCCCCAUCCGGACAUACCUGGUGACGGCUCGCAGCGCAGCCAGCUCCGGUACCCGAGCCCUAAAAACUCUGCGCUCAUGGGGCCUGGACAUUGAUGAGGCUCUCUUUCUGGCAGGGGCACCCAAGGGCCCCAUGCUUGAGAAGAUCAGGCCACAUAUUUUCUUUGAUGACCAGAUGUUUCAUGUGGAGGGGGCAGCAGAAAUGGGGACAGUGGCAUGCCAUGUACCCUACGGGAUAGCUCAGAGAGUAAUCAAGAACAUGGACAAAGAGACGUCUUCAGCACCAGAGUAACCUGGACAUGAUGGUGGUGAUGGACAAGGAGCUUGAGGGGACAUUUCAUUUUGGUGUUCAGCAGCUGAGGUUUUGUAAUUACGUUCAUCUUAAAUUUCUGACAUUAUAAUCCAUUCAGAGCAUGAUUCUAUCCAUUAGAUUCACAGUUCAUAAAGUAGUAAUUUCAAACGAGGAAUCAAGCUUUAAAAACGAGAGAAAAGCCAUCAACUAAAAUUAAUAUUUGGGUGCCAGUUAUAUGACAGCAAUAUUCUUAAAGAUAAAAGAUAAACAAUCAACCAAAGGGAUUCUUCACAACCUGGUAUCUUGAUAUCUGUUCUCAUUAAUUGCUCUAUGAAUGGUUUAUUAACAAUUAGUAAAGCCAAAGUCCUUUUUGUUAAUAUUCCUCCUUUUUAUCUCACAGCAGCAUCAUGUAUUACAAUAUCCACUCAUAUAAAGUAUUUCUAGCCAUAUGAAGUAUUAUCCUCUAAAAGACAAACUCAAUUGAAACUAGAAUGGCACAUUAGAGCGCAAGCUGCACCAAAUUACACGUAGUCAUAGAUACCAGUUGCUUAAAUGUGUCUGAGUUUUAUUCUCUGGGAAAAGGGUCAACAUUUUGAACUCUUACAAUGUUAAAGAAAGUAAAAAAAAAAAAACUUCCUUGUGGAGGCUAAAAAGUAUCCUCAAAAUCUAACAGAAGCAAUAUUCUCAACAAUAUUUGCUUAGAUUCUAGCUUACAGGUCAGGAAGAAACAUCAGUGACUUCUUUUAUUAUUUUAUGUACUCAUAUAACAUAUUUUUACACACAUUUACCCAUAUUAAGUAUAAUCCUCUGAAAGACAAACUCUAUUGAAAUAAAGAAUCCUUAAAAAUUGAACAGAACUACAUAGAUAUUUAGAAGAAAAUCUAUAAAUUUAGAUGCCAGGUUACAAAUCAGGAAGAAACAUCGAGUGACUCUGGACUAUUUUUGAUAGAGAGCGAGUCUGAAUGGCGCGUGACCUGUGCUACAGAGCUGCACCGAAGACAUGCACUCAGUCAUUUCACGCAGAAUCUCCAUGAAGAUUUCUAUGGUUUUAUCACUUCACUGCUCACCUGUGUUUUAACUUUUUUUUUUAAAACGGGUGCCUUUUUCUCCUUGUUGUUUUACUUUAUUGUUCAUGUCAGCCUUGCACGUUGUUGGUAAAUGUGGCUGUUUUAUCAAUGUUUAUGAAUGUAUUUUAAGAUUGCAAAUGAAGAAUAUUGGUGAAAUAUUCAUUUUUUAUUUCCUCUUGUGCAAUAAAAUUUGUAACAUAUUUAGUAAUAUUGUUAUCAGCCAUGUGCAAUUUUCAAUUCUGCUCCUCGUCCCUGAAGUGCCCAGAGUUCAGUGUGUCCCUUGUUGUUGCCUAUAUGUCUGUUUUAUUAUUGUCAUUCAGCUUUGUUGAUGUUGGUAUUGUUGCUCCACUGUUUGUGUAUGAGUUUGAUCAAGUUGAUAUUGAAUGAGUCCUAACUUGUGAAUUCUGGUGAAGGGGAGUAGUGGACUGUUAAUGCAAUCAAGCUUUUCUGU